AUGGGUGCAAUUCUGGGCCCGACCGUUCCUGCGCUUCCUGAGGAGUCAACACCAGCGCAAGGUGCUUUGCUGUCGGCAGGAGCCGGUAUCACUGGAGGUUACACAGGGGAUUCUCUCAGCCUCAAGAUCAUAAUUUCCGUACUCAUCAGCUUGUCUCUGUACAACGCUGUCGAGCUUAUCAUUCUGGUUCUCGUUACUUUCCAACGUUACCAUGGCCUGUACUUCUGGAGUCUUUUGGUCGCGGGGUUCGGAGUAUUGCCAUAUUCGCUUGGCUUUCUGAUCAAGUUCUUCCAGUUGCUAGAUCCAAACCAGGAUCCCGGGUAUGUCGCUGUUGUGCUUCUCACCAUCGGUUGGUGGACUAUGGUCUCAGGUCAAUCGGUGGUGCUAUGGUCCCGUCUACAUCUGCUCACCAACUCUCGCCGAGUCUUGCGCUGGACCCUUUACAUGAUCAUCAUCAACGGAGCCAUCCUUCAUUCGAUAACAUCAGUGCUCACAUUCGCCUCGAACUCGAAUGAGCUUCCUCAAACCGUCCUCCAGCGAUUCGUCAAUGGCUACUCAGUCAUGGAGAAGAUACAGAUGGUCGGCUUCUUCAUCCAGGAGCUCAUUCUCUCAGUCAUCUACAUCCGCGAAACGAUCCGUCUCCUCCGCCUCGGUGAGUCUAUUCAAGACGACGUGGGCUCGUUCCACGACGGCACCGGCCAACUACGAAACGCAAGUGUGCGCAAGACUAUGUACCAGAUCCUCGCCAUCAACAUCAUCAUCAUUAUCAUGGACCUUGCGCUUCUCGGCGUCGAAUUCGCGAAUCUCUACUUGAUCGAAACCACCCUGAAAGGCGUCGUCUACUCUAUCAAGCUCAAACUUGAAUUCGCCGUCCUUGGAAAACUCGUACAGAUCGUCAAGGUCCGCACGAACUCGAAGAAUAGCCCCCGAAACGCUACCAGUUCUGGUGAUAGGCGUGCAGUGUCUACUGGUCUGACCCUCGAGAAGACAAAGAGCGGAGAUACGAGUAGAGGUACGAGCAAUGGAUCGACCACUGGACGCGUCGUUGCGAACCCUCAUGGCAGUCUCAGCAUUACUGGAGCGAACACACAUAGCUUUCCGGACUUUGUGAACCCCCGGCAGUUCAGUGGAGAUUUUACGCAUGCAAGAGCGGAUGUGCUGUUUAGGGAUAGAAGACAGAGCGGGUGGGAGAAUGCAACUGAAGAAGAGAGGGAAAGAUGGAGAAGGAGAUCUAGGGUUGGGAAGCCAAGGGGGAGCUGGAUCGAUGAAGAGAUGGAUAAGCACAACAUUGGCUGA